AUGGAAAUCAUUACGGAGAGGUUCUACUCAAACCUUUUCUGUUCAUCAACUCCUGUGUCAACCCCGAUCAUCCCCACUGGUGAAGCUCCACCACGGAUUCUCCCUUCGGAAGUACGAGUCGCUAUCAAGAGCAUGAAACCUGGCACAGCCCCCGGACCUGAUUUCAUAUCAGCAGACUUUCUUUGGGCAGGUGGCCAUCCACUUCAUGUAAUCUUAGCAGCACAUAUGACAUCCUACCUUCAGAAAGAAAGGAUCCCAGACCAGUGGAAAACCUCGCUUUUCGAAACUACCGUCCGAUAUGCUUGCUGA